AUGACUUGGGUAGUGAACGGAUCAGAAGAGCUUGACGCCAAGUCGGAGUAUCGACUAGUCGUUGGCCUUUGUGUCUUCUCUUCCAUUCUCAUGGUGGCCGCAGUUGCUACAAGAUGCUAUGUACGACGAAAGAAAUUCGGAUUGGAUGAUGUGCUUGUAGUGUUAGGAGCUGGACCAGCUCUCGUGUAUAACGCCUUUGCCAUCGUUCAAACCAAAUACGGCCUUGGACUACCUUUAGCAGAUCGUCCGGCUGCUGAUAAGGAGACUUACACCUUUUACAAUUAUGUCGGGCGGCCAUUCCUGAUGACUUCCUUGACCUGCUUCAAGGUCGCCCUUUGUAUCACCUAUCUCCGGAUGAUUGACCGAACCUCGUACCGCACGUAUCGCAUCACUGUUUUCGUCUACAUUGGUCUUCUUAUUGCGUUCGGCCUAUUCGGAAUCGGCUUCAACGUUUUCAAUUGCACACCGAUGGCUAAAAACAUUCACCCUUCGAUUCCAGGUAGCUGCCUGUCUUACGCCCCCUGGAAUCUCUGGACCUGGAGCCUUAAUUCUGUCCUAGACGUUGCUGUCUUCCUCUUACCGAUUCCCCUCUUUAUGAAAAUGUCAAUCGACUUCAAGCUUCGACUCGAGCUCAGCAUUCUAUUCUCCUUGUCGCUGAUAACCACGGUAAUAUGUAUAUUCAAGACUUGUCAGAUCCCACGAAUUGCUUGGGGAGACGGAAAUUCGACGCAAUUCGUCUAUCUGAGCGCUCUAGAAGUCAAUGCUGGACUCAUCAUCAGCUGUCUACCGCACCUCAAGCCACUCUACAACUGGGGCAAGACCUGCUCCUCGAGAAGCCACAGUCGAAGUACAAAAUCAAAGAGCUACAGGAUGGAUCGACUGCCAUUCCGGUCUAAAACCGAGACCGAGGUCAAGGUACAUCGCCAUCGCAACGAGAGCGAGACAGAGAUUCUCCGGCCUGGAAUAACAAAGGUUACACACAUAUCAGUUGAGCAUUCCCCGGAUGGGUCGACGGCGGGAGACAACCAGCGAAUGACAUAG